CUUCUGCGCAGUCGCGGCCGGGGCGGCUAGGCGGCGGGCGCUCGGUGGCGGCGGGCUGAGGCGGGGGAUGCUCCAACGGACGCGAUGGCCCCCGCCAUGCAGCCGGCCGAGAUUCAGUUCGCUCAGCGGCUGGCGUCCCACGAGAAGGGCAUCCGGGACCGGGCGAUGAGGAAGCUGCGCCAGUACAUCAGCGUGAAGACGCAGAGGGAGACAGGGGGUUUCAGCCAAGAAGAACUUCUAAAAAUCUGGAAAGGGCUGUUCUACUGCAUGUGGGUGCAGGAUGAGCCUCUUCUGCAGGAGGAGCUAGCGAACACUAUUUCCCAACUCAUCCAUGUUGUUAACAACUCAGAGGCUCAGCACCUGUUCAUCCAGACCUUCUGGCAGACCGUGAAUCGCGAGUGGCCUGGCAUCGAUGGGCUCCGCCUGGACAAAUUCCACAUGCUGAUCCGUCUGGUCCUGAGGCAGUCCUUCGAAGUUCUGAAGCAAAACGGCUGGGAAGAAAGCCGUAUCAAGCUUUUCCUCGACGUCUUGAUGAAGGAGGUCCUGCAUCCUGAGAGUCGGUCUCCAAACGGAGUGAAGUUCCACUUCAUCAACAUUUACCUGGACGAGCUGUCCAGGGUGGGCGGGAAGGAGCUUUUGGCAGAUCAGAAUCUCAAGUUUAUUGAUCCAUUCUGCAAGAUUGCUGCCAAGAGUAGGGACCAGACUUUGGUACAGACUAUAGCUAGGGGUGUUUUUGAAGUCAUUGUAGAUCAGUCUCCUUUUGUACCUGAAGAGACAGUCAAGGAACAGAAAACACAAGUGGGUGGCAGCAACCUCUCAGAUGAAGAGACAUCUGAAAACGAGAUGACGUGGAGAAAAGCAGUCAGGAAAAAGAAAGCAGCACUGGGCAAAUAUCACUCUGGAAAAGAGUUCAGCCAGGAAGGCGGACAGGAUGGCGGCAGAAGUGUGGAGGACACUGGGCCACUUCUCCAGUUUGACUACAAGGCGGUUGCUGACCGACUCCUGGAAAUGACCAACAGGAAAAACGUCCCUCCCUUCAACAGGAAAAGUCUCUCCGAGCUCAUCAAGAAAUUCCAAGAUCUCUCUGAAGCAGGCAGUCUCUCUCACCUCAGUUUUGCUGAGGAUAGCACUGCUGAUGAAGAUGACCAGACCCGCAGUCAAGGAACACGUAAGAAGAAAGGGAAUAAACUUUUGCAGAAGACAGACAUGGCAGGAGGGAAAGGAACCAAGUUCUUCCCUGCCAAGGAAGAGGAGAGCAAAGGUGGCAUUCCAAAGAAAAAGAGGAAAAAGAAGAAGAAGAACCAACUCCAGGCUGAACGCACAGGGCCCAGUGGGGAAACCACGAGCCAAGAACAGAAUGGGAGCCAGGAGCCGGAGGCCAGUCCCAAAAGAGCCCCGGAGGCAAGUGGAGCUGAGCUGGGAAUUUUGGCCAUGCCAGGCACCCGGGAGCAGAGCAGCUUGGAGCGCCCCUCCUUGCAGAGUAGGAGGAAGCGGCCCAGGAAGAGGAGCCCACGGAUCCAGGUGGAGGGCCUGGAGUCAACAGCAUCGCCUCUGGAGGGGGGAGCCCCUCGAGUGGCCCCAGCCAGCGGUGCCCCGGUCCUGAAGAGGAGGCGGGAGCUGGGAGCCCUGCUGGUCAAUGGCAGUGGCCCGCCUGUGCUGGCCUGGCCCGCGCCCCAGAGGGAAGGACCCCCAGCCAGCCCAGCAGACAGAGGGGACUGCCCUGCCACCCUGCCCCCGGGCGAGAAACUGAAGAAGAGUGGGGGGCCCAGCGGCCUUGACCUCUACAACUCGUGCACUCAGAAAGCUGCCAUUUUGAAAAAGAGGAAGAAAAUGAAGGAGAUGUCAAACUCUGUGGAGCCCAGAGGGAUGAAGCUCGUCCCAGCCCUGGGCAGUGGUGGGGUGCAUGGCCCUUUGAAGAAGAAGCUGAGGACGGAGAAGGACUUCGUGAAGUUCGACGCCGCGUCCUCCCCGAAGCCCCUGUUCUUCAGGAAGGCCAAGGGCAGCAUCGCUGCCUCACCGGGCCCCACCCUGCAGUCACACAGAACCCCGUCCAGCUCCAAGAAGGUGACCUUUGGGUUGAACAGGAACAUGACAGCAGAGUUCAAGAAGACAGACAAGAGCAUCUUGGUCAGUCCCACGGGCCCCUCCCGAGUGGCCUUCAACCCUGAGCAGAGGCCCCUCCAUGGGGUGCUGAAGACCCCCACCAGCUCACCGGCCAGCACCCCUCUGGGCCCCAAGAAGCCGCUGACCGCCAUGCCAAAGAGAAGGCCAACAGCUAUGGACUUCUUCUAAGAUAGUCAGAGUCCUUUUAAAGACUGCUUUUGUACAGAAUAUUCUAUAAAUUAUAAUGUUUAAAAGGCA